CAUUCCUGGAAAAACAAGUAAACAGUGUUUUAUGACACGCUGUCAUGCAGUAACCUUUGAGCUUGUAACAUGACCCUUGUGUUUUACACGAAAAGAGGAGCAUGCUCACUAAAGGUUAUGCAAAAGAAAUGCGUUUGAUAAUCAAUUGAAGUAAUCCACUUAUAGACUUCCGAUUUCAAAUCUAAAGGAUAAAUAUUGUUAGUGGCACCUGGAGGAACAUUUACAUUGAUUUAUCUCGCUUGGGUGAUGCAGAAGAAAGCCUACUGAGAUUCAAGUAAACUGCUUGCUAAAAGAAAUGACAGGAUUGGGGAUUUACAAACUGGACAAUGGAGAAAGUUACCCUUCACAAUGUUUCCCAAUAAGAUCAUUUUUUUAUCCAAGUAAUAAAGGUGCCGGACACUGGCUUGUUGCACAUAGAAAUACACUGGAAGCGAGGAUUUCCAAAAAGACCAAAGUUUUACAUGUUGAACUUCACUCGGGGAAAAGAACUAAAACUGCUGGAAACAUUUUAGAUGCAGAGCUUCUGGUCACAUUGCAUUGUGUGGAUAAGCCCUCUGACCUCUGUUCUGUCAACAUCAGUGAUCAGGGUUUGCAAAAAGUCAGACUUGAGGGUUUGGAGGAAUUCGAUAAUAUUGCUUACAUAAAUGCCUCUGAUAACCAUUUAACUUUAGAACCUUUCAGCAAGUUUCCGGCAUUAAGGGAGUUAGAGCUUUCACUAAACAGUCUUCAUACUGUAGAGAUUCAUGCUGAAGAUUUUCAGAAAUUGGAGGUGUUGGAUUUAUCCUUCAAUAGCAUAACAGGUGAAAGUAUGUUAAAUCUAGGCCUAUUGCCCCAUCUAAAAGUGCUUCAUCUAACUGGAAACCAUUUGCAGAUGCUUCCACUUGAUAUGGCCGGCCCAUGUACCUGUCCUGAAGAACACAGCACACACCAAUGUGUCUUGCUUUUUCAAACUCUGGAGGUGUUAAUGCUUGAGGACAACAGGUUAACUUCUCCUGGUGUCUUCAUGAGCCUUGCUAACUUAAAAAGGCUUCAACAUCUAAACUUACAGGGAAAUUUCAUCUCAGGAGUCCCAUUCUUGAAACAAAUGGCACCCUUACAAGAUGCUCAGAAAACCUUAAAAACCCAUAGCACGAUGCAGAGAACUGGAAACCCUCUCUUAUUUCAGGAUGUCACAAUAAAUGAUGCCUCUGAAACUCUAAGCCAGCAAAAAUCAACCACAGGAACAUCCAAAAGAAAGGAUCAUGAAUGCCCUGAAGAUUUUGGCCAACAUUUCCCAGAACUUCGACAUCUGAAUUUGGCCAAAAAUCAGAUAGCAGAGGAAGAGGCAUUGUUGCCUGUGGCAUUGUUUCCCAAACUCAAUGAACUUGUUAUUCACUCAAACCCCUUGACAACACAGAGAUGUGGUGACCCACCGAUGUUAACCAGUUUUCUGCAGGAACAGCUGGGUAUUAAGAUAAGACGCAAAAAGUCAUCUGAUCUUAAACAACGCAUUAGUCCCACCGUCAGUCCUAAACGCAAGGUAAAAACUCGAAUUCCAAGAGUGCCAGAUAAUGUAAAAGAUAGAACUCUACCAAUAGAGUAUAGAUUAAAAUCUGGUUUCAGUUCCUCAUCUAAAAGAAGCAUUGAAGAGGAAGAUGACAUUGCCAUUGGCCAUGAGCAUUUUGACAAUGCAAGUAUAGCCAGUGAGAGAAAUCGAAAUGAAGAGACGUUCUUUGUGACAGAGAUUGAUGUUCCAUAUGAAUCAGAUCACCAAAAGAUACAAGAAGAUGAGAAGAGAAUGGUUAAAAAACAUAGUAAAGUAUUUCCAGAAAAACUAGCUGGUUAUGAAAUCUUAUUUGACGAAGAAUCAGAGCCGGAAAUGCCUGAGAUUUCUGGAAUUCAACAUGCCGUCAGGACUUUGGAGCACACGCUCAAGAACCUUCUUGUAUAUAGAGAUUCUAAAGCAAAUCUUGAUCGUCCCCAAAAGCCAUAUACUGAAAGAGAGAAAAAGAUUAGAAAUUUGCCACCUCUAGGACCAAAGAAGUCAAAAGGGGAAAAGGUUGAGGAAAUCCUUACUCAAAUGAAGGAGACAAAAACAACAAGCAAAGUUCCCUUAGUUAAUGUUCUCAGUGGAGGGAAAAAUAUUUGUAAGGAAGAUUAUGAGGAAGCAUUGACUUUGCUGAAGGACAUGCAGAGGAGAUACAAAAUGGCCCAUCGGGAAUCAAUGGAACAAGCAGCACAUCUUGAGAUUAAGGAGAUCUGAU